AUGCCCCUUCCUGAGUAUUCCACGUUUACUGUAGCUCUACCAGCGAGCACUGCCAAUGCUGUCACCGAACUGCCUACUACGGACGCGAGUGCAACCGCGAGAACUGUUGCCCAAACUGGCUUGCCGGCGUGGAAGGCAGCUCUUACCAAAUACACCAUGAUGAUGUUCAUUCUCGGCAUGUGCGUGUCACUGCCACUCACUUUGUGGCCCCAAAAAUUAUUGUACAAGCUGAAACUCAUCAAUCGCGUCCGUAAAGAACGCUGGGCGUUGGCCACGGGACAAGGGUGUGCACGCUGGAUGCUCCGUAUCUUUCCCUUUUGCAGCCUCGACGCGCAGGGUUACCACGAUCCAAAUCCCCAACCGACUAUUUGGGCUUGUAACCACACCUCCAUGUUGGAUGUGUUCCUCUUGCUCGCCGCCGAUCGGGCUCUCCGUGGGCCACACAAACGUCCCAUCAAAAUCGUCUACUGGAGAGGACUCGAGACCAACCCCGUCACGCGUUUACUCUUCCGUCAGGCCGGCUUUAUCGCCGUCAACAUGGCCGACAACGGUAACGGUACCGCGAACGAAUAUGAUCGUGCCAGCUUUAAGACCUUUCUGCGCGAGACCAAACAAGCGUUUGUGGAUGGCUUCGAUAUUGGUAUUUUACCCGAAGGACAAUUGAAUCCGACGCCAGAAAAGGGACUACUGCCCGUCUUUUCCGGAGCCUAUACCAUUGCCAAAUUAUCCAAACGACCAAUGUCCCUCAUGGCGUUACACGGUGCCCAUCGCCUUUGGCAUCCCGACGAUGCCAUUGGCAUGACCGUUACGGGUCGCAACGUAUCGGUCAGAUCGUAUCCCGGCACUCGGGUCUACACCAGUGCCGACGAAUUCGUGCAAACCUUUCAACACGUAGUGGGACAUUUUGGGACAUACGGAGUCGAUUUGCCUCGCCCCAAAUUGCGAUCGUGGUUGAAUGGAUCGGCCUACGCUCAGUUACAGCAGCAGUUGCAAGAUGGCGAUCAGCAAAGCCCUCAAUCGCCCGCAGUCGACACUCUGUAG